CAAAAACUGAAACCAAAGAUGAAAUCUGCUUCACGCAGGCAGCCGAGAAGUCUGCUCUGAAAUGCUGCAUGCCUGGGUCACUGCUACGGAUUUAAGGGAACCUUAGGGAAGACACACUUUGGCCACUUCAAGAUGAUAAGCAUUCACUGGGCAAUAUCACUUCAUUGAAAGGAGACCUCAUAUAAACCAUAAAAGUUCAAAAGGUCCUUGCUGUCAGAAGUUACAAGAUGAUGAAUUCAACCACCACAAAACCUCUAGAAGAGACCUGCUCCCGGAAUACCCUGAUCACCCAGCAAAUCAUUCCCGGGCUGUACUUCGUGGUUUUCAUUGCAGGCAUCCUCCUCAAUGGAGUGUCAGGAUGGGUGUUCUUCUAUGUGCCCAGCUCUAAGAGUUUCAUCGUCUAUCUCAAGAACAUUGUUGUUGCAGACUUUCUGAUGGGCUUGACGUUUCCUUUCAAGAUCCUUGCCGACUCUGGCUUGGGCCCCUGGCAGCUGACCGUGUUUGUGUGCAGGGUUUCGGCCGUGCUCUUCUACAUUAACAUGUACGUCAGCAUCGUGUUCUUUGGGUUCAUCAGCUUUGACAGAUACUAUAAAAUCGUAAAGCCCCUUUCAACAUCGUUCAUCCAGUCUGUGAAUUACAGCAAAUUCCUGUCAGUGACAAUAUGGGUGCUCAUGCUUCUGCUUGCUGUCCCGAACAUUAUCCUGACCAACCAGAGUGUUAAGGACGUUACACGCAUAAAAUGCAUGGAACUGAAGAAUGCACUGGGGCAGAAGUGGCACAAAGCAUCCAACUACGUCUGCGUGAGCAUUUUCUGGAUUGUGUUUCUUUUGCUAAUCAUUUUCUACACUGCUAUCACGAGGAAAAUCUUUAAAUCCCACCUUAAGUCCAGGAAGAAUUCCAUUUCCGUCAAAAAGAAGUCGAGUCGCAAUAUAUUCAGCAUCGUGUUUGUGUUUUUUGUCUGUUUUGUACCUUACCACAUUGCCAGGAUCCCCUACACAAAGAGUCAAACGGAAGCUCAUUACAGCUGCCAGACAAAAGAAAUCUUGCUCUACGUGAAAGAAUUCACUCUGCUACUAUCUGCUGCAAAUGUAUGUCUGGACCCCAUUAUUUAUUUCUUCCUAUGCCAACCAUUCAGGGAAAUCUUAUGUAAGAAAUUGCAUAUUCCAUUAAAAACUCAGAAUGGCUUAGACACUUCUAAAACCAAAAGAGGAAAUACAACAUAUGAAAGCACAGAUACUUUGUGAAUUCCUGUCCCCUUUCAAAACAAAGUCCUUGUGUAACGUGUUGUCAUCUUUAAUUACAUGUGAGGAAGGAAAGAGAAACAUGUUCAUUGUAAGUAUCAUCUCUAGCAUUACUACCAAAUUUAGUACAUUCAUAAAAUUCAAAUGUAAGUUACUGUGCUUUUUUGUAACAUCAAAGAAAGAAAAACCCAUCAGUGGAUUUCUCUCUUCUUACUGGCCUCUUUUUUUCCUGUUAAUAAAAAAAAAAAAUUACAUACAACUAUUCAGUCCUAUUCCAUACAAAUAGGUUUAACAUUGUAAUCACUAGUCUGGUCAGUUAAUGUAGAACUUUAAAUAAUAAAUAAAGACAAUUGGAAGUACUUAAAGAUAAUUCACGUGGGCGUCUUUCUCUAAACAUAAAAAUCAAGUUUAGUAUAUAAUUUUUUCCAACAGGAUCCUUAAAAACCAACUUAAAAUUAGGUACAAAUUGUAGUAAAAAGUAUCAAGUUUCUCUGAUUUUAAAUAAGCAGGUGUCCAGAAAUAACUUAAGAAACCCCUUACUGAUUUAUCUCAGGGCAUUGCAAAGGAAAACAGUUAUAAAUUAUGUACUUUGCAAUAAAUUGUAAUUUUUUUUCUGAGACCACCUAAAGGAUAUUAGGUAUAUGCUAAAUAUAUUUUAUACAGAGACUUAUGAAGCCCUUUUACAAUCCCAGGGUCCUAGUAUUAAAAAAGUAGACUCCACUGAGAGAAACUAGAUAUUGGCAUAUGUUAACAGCAAAUUCCCUUGUUCAAUAACAUGGGAAAAAAUAAGAUGGCUCGGCUCCCGUAGCACAGUGGUUACGGCGCCAGCCACAUACACUGAGGCUGGCGGGUUCAAACCCAGCCUGGGCCAGCUAAACAACAAUGACAACUGCAACAAUAAAAAAUAGCCAGGUGUUGUGGUGGGCACCUGUAGCCCCAGCUAGUUUGGAGGCUGAGGCAAGAGAAUCGUGUAGGUCCAAGAGUUUGAGGUUGCUGUGAGCUGUGAUGCCACGGCUCUCCACUGAGAGCAACAUAGUGAGACUCUGUCUCAAAAAUAAAUAAAUAAAAAUAAGAUGUCAGGAGGAAAAAACACACACCUUAGAACAUAUACUAUUAUUUUCUUCCUGGGUUCAGGGACAUGACAAUUUUCCUAGAAAGCAAAAGGACUUAACUUUUUUAAAUCUAAAAUUUACAGUAAUGAAUAUAAAAUUAUACCUAAAAUAAAAAUUCACAAAUCACAUUUUCUAGGAAACAGAUAAAUUUAAUGUGAUACGGGACGUGAUCAUUGGUUUAUAAGUCGUCAAAAGUAAAUUCUCUGCUAUUAACUGGCUAGAAGAUAUUCGGUCCAUCUUUCAAAUGUUCUGCCAUGCAUUUUCCAUGUAAUUUUUGUAUCUAUUUCACGCUUUACUGUAUAUAUACUAAUAACGAGAUCAUGGCUGAAUAGUAGUCCAUGGUAUACAAAUACCACAGUUUAUUAAUCCAUUCGUGAAUUGAUGGGAGACUUUGCAUCUUUUGUAUUUAUCUGGAUGGAUUUGGAGAACAUUCUCCUAAGUAUCUCAGGAAUGGAAAAGGAAGCAUCUCAGGUACUCAAUGCGAUGUUGAAACUAGUAGAUCAAUAACUACAAGCCCACACAAGAGAAAAACACAAUUAAAUUCGAGAAGUGUGUGGGGAAGAGCUCAGUAGGUUCCCACCUAAUGGGUACAAUGUAGGGGUAUGUGGCCCAUAUAUACCCAGUCCUGGGUGAAGGACUCAAAUGCAACUUGGACUUUACCUUACAAAUGCAAUGUAACCUAAUCGAAUGGACCCUCACAUUAAUCUGAAAUAAAAAGUAAA